AUGAAUUCACAAAGAAUUAAUGAAUAUACUUUUUAAAAUACAAAUGAAAAAAUUCAUAUUUUUGGACCUUCUCUAAGUGAAUGUUAUAUGCAAGUCAAAAAUCUAGAAGAUGAAACUAAUAGUUAAAAGAUUGUUACUUUUAAAUAAUAAAAUGAUGUUUUUGUAGUGGAAAAUUGGAAAAAUUAUAAUAUAGAUGUUUGUAAUCCUGCAUAUUAAAUCCAAUUAAACAAAAAAUAGAAGAAUUAGUGUUGUACUAUAUUUUGA